AUGAAGUUCAGCACGGUAUCCCUCCUUCUUCUUGCCGGCUGCAGUACGGGGAUUCCUCAUGAAAUCCCGGGUAAAGUUUAUGAGGUGGAGGAUGCUUUCGGGCCCGACCCCGAGACUCCAAGUGAAGAAGGGGUAGAAGGGGUACAGCAGCGAGAUCUAGACUCUAGGGGCGAGUCUGCCAACGUUCCCACCAUUGAGGCUCGUGGUGAGUCCAAGCGUGCGUUCAGGUCUCGCCUUGAGGAGGGAGUUGUUGAGCCUGAGGACAUGGAUCAAAGUCUGCCAGGCCGACCUGUCGACACAAAGACUCACCCCGACUCGGCUCACCUUGUGCCUCGAGCCAAGGGAGACAAGUUCAUGCUUGAUCAGCUCACCAACGACAAAUACAAGAAGCCGCAUGCCGAGAUUGCUCUUAUCCAAGUCUACAACAAGUACCACAAGCCACUGCCCAAGAAGCUCCAGAAGAUUGCCAAAAUCGAAGCUGAUAUGAUCAAUAACAAACUUGGGAUGAAAGGUAGUGCUAUGGCAACUCCUCCGCAGUACUACGACUCGCAAUAUGUCGUGCCUGUCAAGAUUGGUACUCCAGCUCAGACUACCUUUCUGAACUUUGACACUGGUUCAUCCGACCUUUGGGUGUUUUCCACAGACACCUAUCAGCCUAGCCAGGAAGGCCACAUCCUCUACCAGCCAGACAAGUCAAAGACCAGCAAAAGACUGAAUGGUCAGACCUGGAGCAUCAAGUACGGUGAUGGUACUGGCGCCAAUGGCAUUGUCUACACCGACAAGGUUCAAGUUGGCAAUACCUAUGUCAACAAGCAAGCUGUGGAGUCUGCCACUGAGGUUUCAGAUGGAAUCGCUGCAGACAAGUUUUCCAACGGCAUCAUGGGCCUUGCCAUGUCGAGUCUCAACACCGUUCGACCUACACCUCAGAAGACAUAUUUCCAAAAUGUUCAAGACAAUCUCGCAACGCCCAUCUUUACUGCCAAUCUCCAGAAGGGUAAAGCUGGAAACUACAACUUCGGCUACAUCAACCAGAGCGAGUACUAUGGAUCCGUUGGCUUCGCCAAGGUGCAGAAGGACAGUCCCUGGUGGCAAAUAAACGUCGAGGGUUUCCGAGUUGCUCAAGGCGCACCUUGGCACAAGUACAACUAUUCGGCCAUUGUUGACACCGGUACCACUCUGCUUUUGUUGCCCGAUUAUCUGGUCCAGUUCUACUACCGUAAGGUCAAGGGCUCUUAUGUUCAUAAAGACUACGGUGUCUGGGUCUUCCCUUGCACAUCUAACCUGCCCAGCUUUUACUUUGGCUUUGGCAACUAUCGCGGCAAGGUCCCUGGAAACUACAUCAACUACGGUCGUCUCACCACCACCCUUUGCUACGGUGGUAUCCAGAGCUCCGAAGGCAUUGGCUUUGCCAUUCUGGGCGACAUUCUCCUCAAGGCACAAUUUGUCGUGUUCGACCUCAAGGGUCAACGAGUUGGAUUUGCCAACAAAAAUGUCGUUAAACCCUAA